AAAGCUUUAUCACAUAAGACAUCAAGAAGAAGAACAACAACAAUUCAAAGAACCAUUAUUGAGUCAGCCUCCAGAGCUUUUGCAGAUAUCAUUAGAAAAUAAUGCCACGCCAUUUGUAGAUUUCCCACAGGUGGCAACACUGGCCCCACACCAGCAGCAGCAACAACAACAAAUGACACAUCAUACAAAAUUGCAUAAUCAACCCGAUCUACAACUAAGUCGAAAUUUAUCUUCUACCUACGAAAGCUUUGUUGAACCACCCCAAAGUGGGAUUAGCAGUUGUUUGGAAAAAGUGAACGGCAACACCCACUCGAAGGACCACAGCCAUCUACCAGCUAUGAUGUGGCAAGUGCUCAUUUUAUGUGUAGUACAUUUAAGUUUGACCACAAUUGCAACACUGUAUGGUCAUGUGAAAACCGCAUUGUCACAAACCGCACAGCAGAUUGCGAGGGCUGUUAUUGCUGCCACAACACUGCCAAUUAUACAAAGAAGACAAAAACAACAGCAACAACAAAAACAUGAAACAUUAUCAGCAUCAGAAUCAGUAACACCAUGGCCCCGACCACCACUACCAGCAGGGUUAUCACAAACAGAACAGUCUGCAGCAGCAUCAUCAUCUCCCGCAAUAGCAGUAAAUGGCGAAGCAGUAGCAUCAGGCGGAGGUUCCACCACAACCUCAUCAUCCAUAGUAACGCAAAAUAAUGCAAUUCAUGAAAAAAUAUUCCAUGGGAAAUUUCCCAGGCCACGAAAAAAUCUGAUGGAGCUCAAGUUACACACACAACAAGAACAACGCCACUAUCAGCAGCAGCUGUCAUUGCCCUUGCUAACCGAACACCCACAGCAUUAUCAGGUGGAUACGAACAACAAUUUUAUCACAUGCACCACCAGCAACAUUUGCAAUGCGGGCAGUAACUGCAGCUCCAGCAUCAACACCACCACCACAGUCGCUGCCACCAACACGACCACCACCACCAGCAUUUUAACAUUGUGGCAACAUUGUCAUCGUCGCUAUCGUCCUCUUCAACUACUACCGUUACUGACAACAAAAGGACUUAAUAAAUACUCAUGGAUAUUUUUAUUAAUAUAUUUGAAUUUAUCUGCUAAAG